GUGAAGAAACCGCGCCGGUGCCGCCGCUGGAAGAAGCCGAAAAAGGGGAGGGGGCUCCCGGUUAAAAGAUCCCCCUCCCCGGAGCUCCACGGAAUGCGCUGAAGGUGGAGGGGACAAGUUUUGAGCGGGCAAAGUGGGGGGAUCCUCGGAGGAGACGGCGGGAGGAGGAGGAGGAGGAGGAGGAGGAGGAGGAGGUGAACGAAUCCCGCACGGAGGAACCGCCGGGAUGUUGCAGAAUGUGAAUCCUCAGAGCAAGAUUUUAGGGGAAGGAAACCCCACCCUGAUGGCUCUGGCCACCGACUCAGCUCCCGGCAAACGAAUCCGCAAACCUUCCCUGCUCUACGAAGGCUUCGAGAGCCCCACGGUGCCUUCGGUGCCGUCCCUGCCCCAAUUCCCCGCUUUUCCUGCCCAAAAUUCCCGGGCUCUCCUGGCGGGAUUAACCCCUUCCACUCCGGGCGCUCACCAAGUUCCCGCCGUCUCCUCCCUCUCCCAACCCCCCCCUUUACCCCCCUACCCCCCCAACGCCCCCGAAAUUCCCGAAAUUCCCGAAAUUCCUGGAAUUCCGGGAAUUCCCAUCGUCUCCUCCAUCCCCCACCACCCCUCGGUCAUCGCCUCCCCCCUCCUCAAAUCGCUGCAUCCCAACGUUAUCCCGGGAAAUUCUGGGAAUUCCGGCAAUUCCGGGAAUCCUCCGGCGGUGCUGGCGCCCACCCAGCCCGUGGCCAAGAAAAAGGGCGUGAAACGAAAAGCCGACACCACCACCCCGACCACCACCGCCAUCAUCGCCACCAGCACGGGAGGAGGAGGAGGAGGAGGAGGAGGAGGAGGAGGAGGAGAAUCCUCCCCUUUGGAAAAUCCCAAACCUUCCAAAAUCCCAACGCGACGCGAAAGCGGCCGCCCCAUCAAACCCCCCAGGAAAGAUCUCCCGGAUUCCCAACAGCACCAAACUUCCAAAAAAGGGAAACUUUCCGAGCAGCUGAAAUAUUGCAACGGGAUCCUGAAGGAAUUGCUGUCGAAAAAACACGCGGCGUACGCGUGGCCCUUCUACAAACCCGUGGACGCGUCGGCUUUGGGGCUGCACGAUUAUCAUGAGAUCAUCAAACAUCCCAUGGAUCUCAGCACCAUCAAGAGGAAGAUGGAAAACCGGGAUUACCGGGACGCGCAGGAAUUCGCCGCCGACGUGCGGUUGAUGUUUUCCAACUGCUACAAAUACAACCCCCCCGACCACGACGUGGUGGCCAUGGCCAGGAAACUGCAGGUGGGAAUUCCCAAAAUUCCUGGAAAAAUGAGAAUUCUGGGAAAAAAUUUGGGAAAAAUA